GCGUCCGCGGUGGCGGCGGUGGCGGCGCUGUUCCCUGCGCGGUCCGCGACGCGGGGUCCGGGCUGCGUGACGUCGGGCGGCGGCGGCGGCGGCGGCGGCACUGCGGCCCCGGCCCGGCCCCGACCCGGGCUCCCCUCCCGGCCGCCCGCCCGCCCGGCCGCCCCCGGGCCCUCCGCCCCCUCCCCCGCUGGCGGGGCGCGGACGGAAGAUGGUGCAGAAGAAAACCGCCGAGCUCCAGGGCUUCCACCGAUCGUUCAAGGGGCAGAACCCCUUCGAGCUGGCCUUCUCCCUGGAGCAGGCCCACCACGGAGACCCUGCCUUCAGCUUGGAGUGCCCGGCCCGGCCUGAUAUGCCCGCCAGCGAGCCCAUCGACAUCCCAGAUGCCAAGAAGAGGGGCAAAAAGAAGAAGCGCUGCCGGGCCACAGACAGCUUCUCGGGCAGGUUUGAAGACGUCUACCAGCUGCAGGAGGACGUGCUUGGGGAGGGCGCACACGCCCGCGUGCAGACCUGCGUCAACCUCAUCACCAACCAGGAAUACGCCGUCAAGAUCAUUGAGAAGCAGCCGGGGCACAUCCGGGGCAGGGUUUUCCGGGAGGUGGAGAUGCUGUAUCAGUGCCAGGGACACAGGAAUGUUCUGGAGCUGAUCGAGUUCUUCGAAGAGGAGGACCGCUUCUACCUGGUGUUUGAGAAGAUGCGGGGAGGCUCCAUCCUGAGCCACAUCCACAAGCGGCGGCACUUUAACGAGCUGGAGGCCAGCGUGGUCGUGCAGGACGUGGCCAGCGCCUUGGAUUUCCUGCACAACAAGGGCAUCGCGCACAGGGACCUGAAGCCGGAGAACAUCCUCUGUGAGCACCCCAACCAGGUGUCCCCGGUGAAGAUCUGCGACUUCGAUCUGGGCAGCGGCAUCAAGCUCAACGGGGACUGCUCGCCCAUCUCCACCCCGGAGCUGCUCACCCCGUGCGGCUCGGCGGAGUACAUGGCGCCUGAGGUGGUGGAGGCCUUCAGCGAGGAGGCGAGCAUCUACGACAAGCGCUGUGACCUGUGGAGCCUGGGCGUCAUCCUGUACAUCCUGCUCAGCGGCUACCCGCCCUUCGUGGGCCGCUGCGGCAGCGACUGCGGCUGGGACCGCGGCGAGGCCUGCCCCGCCUGCCAGAACAUGCUGUUUGAGAGCAUCCAAGAGGGCAAGUACGAGUUCCCCGACAAGGACUGGGCCCACAUCUCAUUUGCUGCCAAAGACCUCAUCUCGAAGCUCCUCGUCCGGGACGCCAAGCAGAGGCUGAGCGCUGCGCAGGUCCUGCAGCACCCCUGGGUGCAGGGGCGCGCCCCGGAGAACACGCUGCCCACGCCCAUGGUCCUACAGAGGAACAGCUGUGCCAAAGACCUGACGUCCUUCGCGGCCGAGGCCAUUGCCGUGAACCGGCAGCUGGCCCAGCGCGAGGAGGACGCGGCCGGGGCGGUGGGCCCGGGCCAGCCCGUGGUCAUCCGAGCUACCUCGCGCUGCAUGCAGCUGUCGCCGCCCUCCGCCUCCCAGCUGGCGCAACGGCGGCAGAAGGCCAGCCUGUCUGCGGUGCCCGCCCCAGUGGUCCUUGUGGGGGACCGCGCCUGACCCACCCCUGUACAUAGGCCGCCCCAAGCCCCCCGGAGACCCAGAUGAUUUUCUAAGCUAUUGCCGGCUGGCGAGGCCGGGCUGCUCCCCCGGCGGGAUCCCCAGGCCCGAUAAGCUCCGCUGGGGGCAGAGCCGUGUUUUUAUAUAAGUUUUGCUGUUGGGUUUAUUUUUGUUUUUUUUUUCCUCAUCCCGUUUUUGUAACAGCGUUAAGAGCAAAGCAAGAACUUGGGGAGCAGAGUGGAGGGCGCGUGAGGCUGCCCCCCUGCCCACCACGUACUGUGAAGGUCUCACCCAGCCCCCCAGGGCCCCCCACGGCCCCCAUCCCCAUCCACAGGUGUGACUCAGGAGAGCUUGCCCCCACCAGGAGGGUGCGCCGGGCCCAGCCUUCCAGGUGGGGGACCCCUCCCAGACUCCUCAGUGUUUCCAGGGACAGCAGACCCCAGCCUGGCCCCUCGGUGAGAUGGCAGCUCCUUUCCUGCUGCAGCCCACGGGCCUUCCUGGGGGCUCCGCGGGUCUCCCCUGUUCCGAGGAGAGAGGGUGGCUGUCCCUCAGCCCCUCUGUAACCCCCUGUCCCAUGAGAGUUGACAAUCCAGGGCCUCCCCAGGAACCCAUGUGUCCAGGCUGGUGACAUUGGUCACUGACCUUGAGCUUAACCUUCAAGUGACCCUGGGGAAUGACCCCCUCCCCACCCCAGACCCUGGGGCUGAGGCGGGAAAGCUGGUACCUGCUGUUGGCCCUGGUCCACGUCUGUGUCCCCCAAGGGGGUGGGAGAGGCGGGGCAGGCGCCUGGCAGCCGACACGAGGCCCCCGGGCACCCGAGUGCCCCUCUCAGGUCUCGAUCCGACCGCGGCCAUGUCCUGCCCUGCGUCCCCGUGGGCCUGGCACGGAGACCCAGUCAGAACUGGGGGCUCCCCUUUGAGUUCCACCUGCCCACCUUCUGGAAAAGGGCGCCCAGGGACCGCAGGGGGCGCAUCCGUGGCCAUCUUCCCCCCACCCCGACCCUGUGCCCAGGUGAGAUGCUGCCCGGCCUGGCUCGGGGGGACGCGGAUGCCCCCGCUUCGCUCUGGGGUGAAGUACUAUGCAAUAGAGCUUUCUCUUCACACGCACAUGUGGGGCCGCUGGCCGGGGACGGGGCGAUGGCCGGGGAGCCACCCCCCCCAGGUCUGCUCAGGUUGCCCCCGCGGGUUGGCCGCCCCGCCCGGGUCAGGGGUGCGCGUGGUUAGUUAGUUUUUUAAAAACCAUCAGUUGACUUCAAUGCCCUGUUCUUGGAGAAUACUUGAAUGUCAAAGGGGGUCUCGGACUGGGGGGAGGGCUGGACACCCGCCUGCCAGCUCCCCCUGCCCUCAGUCGCGGUGUGGGGGCUGCUGGCUGAUGCCCCCCGGGCCUCGCCGGCCUGCGUCUGCCCCCCACGUCCCCGCCGCACCUCCUGCAGGGGGUGGGGGAGGCUGCCCCACGUCGCCUCUUGCCCAUCGGCGAGUCCACAUUUUGCAACUGGGGAUUCUCUGCCUUUUUGUAAAAAAAAAAAAAAAAAAAAUCAGAAAGAACAGCUUUGUUCCGGGGUGGGACGGGCGGUUCCUCCCUUGGCCCGUUGCGGCGCCGGGCUGGUGGGCCGUCAGGGCCGCUACUGUGAAUCGAGUCCAGGUGACCCCCGGGUGCACCCAGGACCCGGCCAGCCCCUGGCCCGGGGUGGGGUGGGGAGGGCGGUGUUUAAAUGUUGAGACGUUUGAAAAAAAAAAAAAAAGACAAAAAAAAUUUCAGAGGAUUUUUUUAAAGCGGGGGACAAACAUCCAAGCACUUUAACUCCAUUGUACCAGGUGAACUGAUACAGCUCAGAAGUUUUCCUUUGUACCAACUGUCAAGGCCAGAAUUUUGUAUUCUGUUUUGUAAGGAUUUAAUAAAAGUCAUAAAAACUUG